AUGUCAGGCUACACAGAUCUUGCCAGCGGAUCUGGCAGCGGUCGGCCGCUCCCGAGCGGUUCUUCUGCCCACUCUCACAGCUAUUCUCAGUCGGUAUCGCAUCAUGCGCCUCAUACCUCAGUAAGCGGCGGAUCUACACUUGGCGUCUCUCCCUUUGGACAGGGCGGUGGAUUGUACGGACUUGGAGCUGCAGCUAGCCAACAGGAAAGCAUGGUUUCAGGUUUGAGUGGCGCUGGACAUAGCGAAGCUGGCAGCAAUGGUCUUCCGGUUCCUCAAUCGCAGCACAACUCCAGCCAAUUGCUCAUAGCUAGCAUCGUCCAACGCCUUGUCAACAGGGUGAGGAUCUGCGUGGGUACAGAGAGAUAUACUUCCCUACUGAACUCUUGUGCACUUCUAUCCUUCAAUACAGCUGCCAUACAACUCUGGAUGGAGGCUCGCAUCUUUAGAGGAAGAGCAGCUUGUGCGGUCUUGCGUCGCGAACCUCGUAGACCUCAGUCAAUAUCAGCUCGCGAGCGUGGUCAAAGAGCUGCUUGCCGUUCUCGAGAACUUGAACAAGGUAUGUGUGCGCAUUAGACCUCCUACCUUUGACCUAGCUCCUGAAUCGUCUUUCCUCGUUGCAUCCCAGUCUGUCCAAGUGGCGCACGAUGACAAAGUCAGCGUAGAUGCGAUGCAGUCGCAGCUGUUCAUGCUGCAAGUCCUGCUUGCUUGCCUGGUCCACCACUGGCGCACUCAGGGCGGACCCGAGGAUCCUACCCAGAGUGAGAGUACCAACCCAGCAACGGCCACGACAAGCUCACAAUCGGCACAUCAGCGCCGAGGAUCGCUGGCACCCACCGAUUCAAGAUCGGCAGAGAUAGCUGGCGUGGCCAAGGGGUGGAAUGAUCCUCCCCCGAUGGAAGAUGGCGUAGCAAAGCACAUUCUCAGUCUGAUGGUCACGUACCUACGGCAGAGCGUGGCGAAGGAGGAAGCCAUCCAGACCGGCACUGGCGGCUCGGACCAUUUGGAAGGCCCCCGCAGCAAAUCAGAUACCGGCUUGCGUACGGGACAGAGCGAUAGAGCGCUGCGAGAUGCCCAGCGCGGCUACAUAGGCUCUACUCAGAGUGGCAAAGGCAUCAGCUCUUGGGAGGAGCAAGAUGGAAAGGACCGCGGAGGAUCAGGAGGAGGCAGUGGACUAGGUAGCUCUGCCGCGGCUGCUGGCUCACUGGACUCUGACUGGACCAGCGGUUCGGGCUCCGACGUAGCCUCACUUUCAGUGCUGGGCCUCUUCAAUGGAAAGGGCCUCUUCGUGCUCUACCCGACCUUUCCGCCCUCAAGAGCACCUUUUCAGCGUUCUCCGCACGUGCAUCUCUAUCAGAACCCCCAGCGGCGCGUUGUGCCUCAAGGGCAAAAUGCGGACAAGGAACAGGACUUCUUUGCCUGGGGCGAUCGGAGCGGGGAGUCGCUCGACAACGCCGUCGCGCUGACCAAGGGCAUCUAUCGCGCGGCGGGCCAGAUUGUCUUCUAUCUGAGUUCUAGUAACUGGCCGGUAGUCUUCGCGCGGUAUCGCAACAGGGUGCAGUACCUCAGCACCACGGUAGAAGACUCGCCAAACACCGCUGAACUUCGCCUUCUCGAAUGCAGCAAUAUGCAGCGUGCGCGGCUCAGCAACCUCAUUCAGGAGCUUUGCACCACCUUCCUACAUCUCAAGCGCACUGCUCAGCACACAAUCGCUUUGGUCGUUCGCCGCGGUGUCUGGUCUUGGAUACAGUAUCACCCGGCCGAAUUUGCGCAUCUAUUUGGAACGGGGCGGCGACUCGAAGGUGGUCCCGAGCUGCUGUUCGAUCACAUUGUGAACCUCACAGAGUCUUCCAGGAAGAAGCUUAUCUUUUGGCCGGUGCUUACAGCGCUGCUCAUUCUAUGCCCCGACAUUGUAAGCAAGGCUGCCAUCGGAGAAGGCCGGAAACAGGGCAGUGUGGCGAAGAAGGUCAACUUCCUGGAAACUUUGCGCAAAAGCUUGCGAGUGAGCAAGCUGAGCGAUAUGGCUGCUAUAUGCUGUGUGGACGUUGUUCGAGCAGCAUCCUGCACUCCACUGAGUGACGCCGGCCUGCGGCUCAUCGUGCCGGAUCUGGAGGCAGAUCUCAGAGAAAAGCUGUUCGAUCCUAGCCAUCCGCCACUCAACAACAAUCGUCAGAUUGAGACUUCGAUCAUUGUCGAGGCGUUCGUGGCCUUCUUUCGAUUGGAUCCUCAAAAGACCCUCAAGACACUGGUGCCCGUGUGCCUGAGCAAUUCUAGCCCCCAGCCCUUCAAGCUCGCGCUGAUUCGCAGUUGCAUUCAGAUGGCCAGCGAGCGCAACAGACUUCCGUGGACUCCCGACGUCUCGCUACUGUAUCCGCACAUCAGCGCGCAAGCCCGCACGACCGCCAAGGACAUCAUCUUCAAGCUGCACAAGACGGACGUGGCAGCGACUCAUGCAACGCAGCCGGCCCUCACUGGUAGCACAAGCAAGACAGACAAACGGUCUUUGCGAACGCUCGGAGCUUCGAAGAGCAUUUCAGGAGCAGGCGUUGUGGACGAGAGUCAAGGCAGGAUCGACGUACUGCAAGCGAUACUGAAGCUUUGGUGCUUGGACAUCAGAGCGAUGUCCCACGGCCUCGACUAUACAGGUUCAGCGACUCUUUCGGCGUUCGUUGGACCCGAAAAUGUUGGCGACCACGAAGUCAUAUCGAGAGCGGCACUCAGCGUAGACAGUCCGCUUGCUCUCAUUUACUUUCUCGGUCGAAUCGCCCAUACAUCCGAUCACAUCCACCUUCACGAGCUGGCUCUUGAUCUCAUGGACAUCUGCUCUCUCGGUCUCUACGAUCCUGCCAUCGUGGCGGUCGACUUCAUGAAAACAACGCAACGGGCGCUCGUCUCGUGCACUUCGCUCUUUACCCGCGGUAUUGCAGACCACCUUGCUCAAAGUGAAUCGACAGCGGACCAGCGUCACUGGCUCAGUAUCUUGAGCCGGACAAUGAAGAGGAAAGUCAAUUACAUCUCUAGCCUGAGGGUAAGUGUUGCUGACGUGUUGGUGCUGGUCUUGCUAGUGUUGACGCUAUUCGUCCACCAUCUUCUAGGCGUCUGGAGUCGAGCCAUUGACUCUGCCAAACAUUCCGACAAACUCCGAAUUCAUGUCAGAAGGGCGGGCAAUGGAGGCGGCGUUGCUGCUGAGUAUUUGUUCCUCUGACACAGACGUUUGCUCGGAAGCAUUGCGCUGCUGUGGUCAGAUAGCUUCACUACGAGAAAUCGUGGUUGGCUUGCUGGGCACAAGCCAAGAAUGGGCAGUCCUGAUGCGAGAAUUAUCGGACCCAUCAUUCUCUCAGACUGGGGGCCGGAUUGCUCAACAAAAGCGUAUUCGUGCCCUUUUGCGGGGUGCGACGCUGCCGACUAGGGCCAGCGCUCAAGCUUGGUGCGAGGCGUAUCAAAGAUGGGGCAGUCUCACACAACUGGUGGCGCGGCCCCUGGCGGAUGAGACCAGCGAUGCGGCGCAAGAGAAAGCAGCUCAAUGGCACAAUUAUGCAGGCUUCCUUGCAGCUCUUGGAGGUACAUGCGUGCUACCUGACGAAGAGUCGCUGAAGACGGCGCCGAAGGAGACGAUGAUCGACCCUCCUGUCCACCUCGUCGAAUCCUUCAUGCAAGAAAUGGUCGAUCUGUUGGUCUCCGAUUCAGUUUGGGUUCGAGAGAAAGUCAAGGAGACGCUCGGCCUAGAUCUCAGUCCUCGCCUCAACGGCAUUCUGUUCCGGCAAGUGCACGCUGUGCUCAGCGACUUCUUCGACAAGAGCACUGGUCUGCCUCGUCCAGCAGACAUGUUCACGAUAUUCGUGGAACAAUCCGUCAGCGUUACUCAGAUGGUCCUGAAUCGCAUGACUGCAGGUACGGAAGCAACGAAUACUGUGGACAUUGGCAGCCUCAUGGUCCUCUACGUCGAAUACGUCAAUUCGCUAGGCCGGAAAGAGCAGGCGGUUCGCAUCAAGACAUCAAUGUGCCACCUUUGCGAGGCGUUGAUGCAUAAAAAGAGCUUCUUCGCUUUUUCAAACGAGCUGCGCGUCCGCAACAGGCUGUUCCAGGCAUUGGUCACCUGGACAUCAGACUCGUCCGAUGAAGCUCAAGGCGCCGAGAAGCUUGACCGCCUCCAGAGGGAACUCGAUGUGGUAUGCCUCAAGACCAUCUCCAUCCUCCUGGAUCGCUUGCCGCUGUUGUUGGCGGAUGAUGCUUUGCUGCUGGAUGACAAAGUUGAAUGGGCAAAAUCUCGACAAUUCUCAUUGUACUUCAACUACUUCAUCAAGGUGCUCAAUCGCGCUCGUACGCUUGAAGAUGCUGCAACUGAGCGAGCCAAGUCUGGAGGGGUCGGGGUUGGCGCAGCUGGCGUCAGCGGCGGUGCCAUCAGCUCUUCUGUCUCCAUGGCUCUUGGAGUCUCUGCAGCAAAGUUGAGGGAGCAGCAUCAGCAGGCCAUGCGAGAGCUCGGUCCCUUGAAGGAGUCUGCCAUUCUAGCUUUGUCGAACCUAUUAGCCAGCAAUAUCGACUCUGGUCUUCAGCAUUCCUUGCCCCUUGCCUACAACGACGAUCAGCAACUCCGCACUGCGUUCAUGCAGAUCAUGACGAAUGUGCUCAAUCAAGGCACAGCCUUUGACGACCUGGAGCGCUUAUCAGCGUCUCACAAGCACUCCAAGCUCAUCGAACUCAUCUGCGAGCCAGACAUGCAGCUCGCUCUAUCGGUGUGCAACAUAUGUAAAGGCAAUGAUGUCGACAACAUGGACUACGUUCUGCUAAGCAUCUUCGACUCUAGAGGUGGUAUCAUCAAAUUCCUCAAGGCUGCGCUAGCAGAGGAGAUAUACCGGACGCCGAGCGAAGAGAUGGUCUUCAGGUCAAAUUCCUUUAGGACCCACCUCCUAUCCGUCUUUGGUCGCACCCAUGGAUACGAAUACCUGCGAUCGAUCAUGGCUCCGCUGAUCACAGAGAUGGCCAACAAGCCGCGCGGGUACUCAUUCGAGAUAGAUCCGCACCGCAUUGAGCCCGGAGAGUCGGUGCACAUCAAUCAACACCGUCUCGAAGAGAUGGCACAGACGUUCAUUGAUCAGAUCUGCUCUUCUGCGCAUCGUGUUCCUGCCGUCUUACGAGAACUUUGCCGACACAUUCGCUCCCUGAUGGAUGCGCGUUUCCCAACCUCGCGAUAUCAAGGCGUUGGCGGUUUCAUGUUCCUGCGCUUCAUUUCUCCAGUAGUGGUGGCGCCUCAGAUCAUCGAUAUCAACCUGACUGGUCCUAGCAAAGAGCUUCGUCGAGGCUUGCUCCUCAUCAGCAAGAUUCUGCAGACGCUUGCCUCUAACAAUCUGUUCCCACCGCACAAGGAACCCUUCAUGACGUGUCUCAACGACUUCUUGAAAGGCAACGUUUGGCGGGUGGCCACCUUUUUGGAUCAGGUCUCCGAUGCGCGCACCGAUCCUGACCGCCUACAAGCCGCAGAUCAACCUCUGGGAUACGGUAUCCAUCCCUAUGGCUACGGGAUUGAUCAAGAGGAUCAGCGUGUGAUCCAUCGCUUCCUCUUCGAGAACGUGGACAAGGUCGGAAAGGAGCUGCUGACUCGGAAUGCUGAUCGACAAAGCUCUCUGGUUAAUGAUGGUAAUGGCGCACCCAUGUCGCCUGUCGCCGCGUCGCACGCUGCGAUAGGGAUAUCUGCGUCUACCAUUGACAGUCGCCGUACCUACGAGCAAUUAUGCCAGGUUCUCGCAGAGAUGGGCGAUUAUCGGAGCGAGGAGCUUCCUGCCAUCGCUGUGCAGCCAGGCCUUGGCGCAGGCAAGCAGGCCUUCCAAGACUUCCUUCGCCGGAAUAGCGGACGCAACGUCGAUGAUUCCGCCUACAAGGCGGUGUUCAGGGAAGGGCCGCCCUCUAAAGCUGGCCGCCCAGUGUUCUACUACAACGCGGCGCAGCAGAACGCGAAGACCAUGGACUAUGAAGGUCUCAUCUUUUACGUCUUACAGUGCAUCGAAAGCUGCGUGUCACGCAACUUUGAUCUCGUCCUAGACUGUACCGGCCUGCAUCCUGUCAACAUGACGCCGCACCAGUGGCUGACGUAUUUCGCGACAAUGGUGCCGCCUGAGGUGGCAGGCAACAUGCGCAACGUUAUCGUCUUCAACGCGAACACCACAGCGAGGCUGUAUGCUCGGCCGUGGUAUGCACAGGCAGGUGACCCCGGCGUUCAAGUCGGUCCCUCUGGGCGUGCUGCGCUUGCGUCGGUGCCGUCACAGAUGAGUAUCGCGUACUGCAAUUCUAUUGCAGAGAUCGAAGCUUUCAUCGAGCGGCGCAACCUGGCCCUCGAUCCGACGACGAUCGCAAUCGCGACUGCUGCAGCGGAGAUGCGCUUCACGCAAAUCACGAUGGUAUGGUACUACCGCUCUCUCAUUCCGGUGUCCUUCAGGAUAGGUGGAGAACACCUGCAGAUCACAGCUCUGAAGCCUCAAGAGAUCGUGCCUGGCCGCAGCGGCUUCACGAAUGAUGUCUUUCAUCUCGCUGAUAUCGACGACGUCAGAGCCAUCUCGGCUCGUGGGGAUGACACCACCUUCUUUGUCACUUGUCGUGGAGGUACCAUUUCUUUCCUCUUCAACAGCCGGGAUCGGGCCGAGAUCGUUCAAAGCCUUCGCCAAGCUAAAGCGCGCAUUUCGCGUUUCCGUCCGAGCAAGGCCCUCGACCGAACGCUACUGCCCUCUGACGUACCUGGAACGCUGCUCAACAUGGCCAUGCUCAACGUGACGAGUGGGGACGCAAGCCUUCGAGUGAGCGCAUACAAUCUUCUCUGCGCAUUGUCCACAUCUUUCAAUUUUGGAGCCAGUAAUGCGCGCAGGCGUCUGCUGAGUGCGAAAGGUAAGCAACGUGUUGAUACCAGACAAACCGCAUUUGGCUGAUGCGAUUGGCAACCCUUUCAGGCCUGGCAAUCCCGGCCAACACGCUAAGCUUCGUCUCCGAGCUUAGCCGCGACUUUGCGGUAGCAGCACCUGGCGUUACUCUUGAGUUCUUGCUCUCUUUCUUCGAGGGCUUUGAACGAGCAACGCUGAGCCAGAAGACGCUGUGCCUGUACUACAUGGCGCCAUGGCUAUCGAAUCUAGUAAUGUUUACUCACACAGCUCGAGAGCAGCAGGGUGAGUAUCAGAAGCGUAUCAAAGAAAUACUUUCCCAGCUCAUUGCUAUCACGGUCAAGCAGCCUGAGGUGAGCAAAAUUUCUCCUUCAGUAGACUCGCGCCGGUUUGGACUCACCUUCAGCGUCUUCGCGCUCCGCAGAUGUAUUCGGCUAUGCAAAGAGCAGUUUGGUCUCAGAUCAGCAGGUUAGACGACCUUAUUCCUCUGUUCGUCGAGGUCUUUUGCGAGGCUGCGAUGGACUCCGGUCUGCACACGCCUCGAUUCGAGUGCGUUCUCGACACAAUGGUUUCUUUCAGCUCUAUCAACCUGCGUGGCAAGCUACUCGCUCGGCUGAGGCGAGUGAUCGCGAAGACAGCUCAGAAUCCAACUGCUGGUGCACUGCAUGACAACAUAGCGUGGAAAGAGAUUGCCACACUGGUCAGGAUGAACAUGGUUCUGUCGUUCACAAGUCGACUCGAGGGCUUGAUCUACCUGCCAGAGCUGCUCCACGUGAUUCUUCUCCUUGCCGGCAAUGGCGUCGAUGCUACACGCCAUUCUUUCUAUGGUACAGCGGUGAACCUGAUUCACUCUCUCUGCACAGAAGACCAGAGAGACAUCAAGCGCGAGCCUCAACUCCUUGCCGGUCUGCCCACUUCAAGCUCCUCUCCUCACGACCUGCAAGGCGCCGCGACGAAGGAGCACCCGGCCAACAUUGCCGCAGACAACGGCAACAAGCUUCGCGCUCUUUUGACCCGCUUUGCGGAAGACGAGUACUUGGCGCUGUUUGGUCUGCCUGCUGGGUCUGUAAGCCCACUCAACGCUUCCAUCGACGUGGUUCGUGAUAUGCCCAGCAAUGCUGCUAUAGAGCGGUUAGCCUCGGUCAUGUACGAGGUAGCGGAACUCGCAGCUCCCACCACGGACACCGCAAAUAGCUGGAGAGCUCGACUUACUAGUCUUGUGACCAGCACUGCAUUCCAGUACAACCCCAUCAUCCAAUCUCGAGCGUUCUUGUUACUAGGGUGCUUGGCCGAUCUCACCCGCUCGAUGAUGUCCGAUAAGGGCGCCGCAACAGGAAACUUAAACGGUCAAGUUGAAAAGAGCGUCGCACGUAAAAGCAGCAGCCGAGAGGCAGAUUUGGCCUUCGAAGUGGAUGACGAUCUCCUCUAUCAAAUCCUCGUUUCGUUACGCGGCAGCAUUACCGAAUGGGCAAAUGCAAGCAAUGAUGCACCAAUCAUCAGUAUUGUCACUUGCCUUGGCAAGGUCGUCAAGAUUCUUCCCGAUAGAUCGCGGUAUUUGCCGCAGCUUUUCUGGCUGGGCAUCUCUAUGAUCCAGUAUGGGCAUGUCCCGCUCUUCAAAGCAGGCACUGAACUCUUGCUUGCCACGGUCACCAGCAUCUGGGACAGAAACCUUUUGCAAGACGGACAGAUCGAUCUCAUCACCUUCCUCAUCGAUGGAAGGUACGAGUUCCGGGACGCGGCAUGCCGCCUGGAUGAUGAGACGGGAGUGGAUUUUGAAAUCAACUUUAGCUUCGCAGCGGCGGCGCUGCUAGUUAAAGGUCUUAGACAUCCUUCAACCAAGAGUGCCACUACCGAGCUAUUGCGUGCUCUGCUGCAGUACACUGGCUUCGAUAGCAGUCACGCUUCCAAAUCGCCAGACGGAAGAAUAUCGGUACCGCAACUAGGAUUUUUCAUUGGUCUCCUACCUACGGCGACGCGGCCCGAGGACUUUGGCGAACUUCUCAGUCUGGCGGGCGCGGCGCAAGAAGUCUGCACAGCAGCCAUCGAAGCUCGCAAGCAAGGCGGCGAAGCGAGCGGCCUUUUCAAACACCUUGAUGCCACCGAGAACAAGGUCGCGCUUCUAAUUGUGACCCUGAUUGCGGCUCUCUUGCAGCACGCUGAAAAUGAUGCCGAACGGCUACUGCUGUACGGCUUCCUUGCCGACUCGGCUCAAGAGGUGCCGGCGAUCGUCUCUAUCCUGUGAGUUGAAUUGCCUGGCAUGACUUGCACUCCAACCUGCAUGCUGACCUGAUACGACUACGCGUGGCAUGAUGGCUAGGUACGACUCGCUUGCGCCAGGCAUGCGUGACGUCUUUGUCAACUCGCAAAAUGGGCCCAUUCUCGACGCCGUGCACACAAUCGCCAGAAUUGCGGUUAGCGAGCCAGUCUUUGCAGCGCAAGCCCUGGAGACGACUCGUCGCGGCGGACCGGGCGCGUACCUGGACGAAACUGGCUAUGCGAGCCUGCUUGACUGCGGAGACUUUGCGCCCUUGCCCGACGUCCGCCGCCUCACGCUCGCAAAACUCUCAACCGCUCUCCUCGCUGGGCUCAUCGAUGCUGGCACUGCUUGA